AGCCAGCGUGGGAAAGCACAAAAAAGGCAGGGAAGAAAGAGGUUGCUGCAAUACAAGACUAGAAGCCUCUCGGAGGGCAUAAAAGGGAAUAAAGACAACAGAAAUGCAGAGCUAAAAAUGCUCAACAAUCUCCCAAGCCAUAGGCAUACAGUAUCAUCGCUUGCUAGAAGUUUGGGAGUUUAAUAUAUGUGUGUGCAGCUUUUAAGGGGGGUAGCAUAGCCGCCCAGUGUUGUCAUUUGCAUGAAGCUGGGCUGCGAAAAGAUGAGUCCACCACAGGCAGACUGAGUUUUCUACCUGUGUGGGCCAGAAUGAGAGAGCUGCCAGUCUCUGAAGAUACUUAAAGCCUUUGUUGUUUUAUAUUAAGAUUUACGGUGGUUUGGGUAUUAUCAUUUAUCUAUUUAAUUGGAUUGCUAUCUCAUUCCCUAUUGGCAGUUGCAUGUCUAAUAUUCAUUUUUAUCAGAUGUGAUCGGACGCUUGUUUGCUUCCUUGGUAAAAUGGCAUUGUAAGCACUUGGGUGGCCUGAAUGAACUGCUUGGCAAAACCUGGAUUAUACCUUAAGUUAAAAACUGCCCCGCCGAAGGCGAAUAUGGAGAAGGAGAAUUCGCAGGGCGAGCAGUAUGAGUACGUGGCGGAGAUAGGUGAAGGCGCAUACGGCAAGGUGUUCAAGGCCCGCGAUCUCAAGAACGGAGGGCGUUUUGUCGCCCUCAAAAGGGUGAGGGUGCAGACGGGCGAGGAUGGCAUGCCACUCUCCACCAUCCGAGAGGUGGCAGUGCUCAAACAGCUUGAAACCUUCGAGCACCCCAACGUGGUCAGGUUAUUUGAUGUUUGUACAGUGUCAAGCACAGACCGGGAGACAAAGUUAACACUUGUUUUUGAACACGUUGACCAAGACUUAACUACUUAUCUGGCAAAAGCACCUGAGCCUGGAGUUCCUCCAGAGAUAAUUAAAAAUAUGAUGCUACAGUUGUUAAGUGGUUUGGAUUUCCUACAUUCACACCGAGUUGUACAUCGAGAUCUGAAACCUCAGAACAUCCUUGUCACCAGUAAUGGACAGAUAAAGCUAGCAGAUUUUGGACUUGCCCGUAUAUACAGCUUUCAGAUGGCUCUAACCUCUGUGGUUGUCACUCUCUGGUAUCGGGCACCUGAAGUCCUUCUUCAGUCAAGUUAUGCUACACCUGUUGAUCUCUGGAGUGUUGGCUGUAUAUUUGCAGAAAUGUUUAAGAGAAGGCCCCUUUUCCGUGGAAAUUCUGAUGUUGAUCAGCUAGGAAAAAUCUUAGAUGUUAUUGGUCUUCCAAAUGAAGAGGACUGGCCAACUGAUGUAGCACUGCCGAUGCAUGCUUUCGCUCCACGGACCCCUCAACCCAUAGAAAAUGUUGUACCAGAUAUUGAUGAACUAGGAAAAGAUUUGCUGCUAAAAUUUCUGACAUUCAACCCAUCAAAAAGGAUAUCUGCCUAUAAUGCUUUGUCUCACCCAUAUUUCCAAGACCUUCAGAAAAGUGAAGAUAAAGAGGCUCCAUCAUCAAGCCAGACUCCAUCAGAAGCAAGUGCAGAGUAAUGUGUUUCCUGGCUUUGGAAACAAGAGAGAAGUAAAAAGAAAAUAACUCUUCUGCCAUUCCAGCAGUAGCAGUAAUGAGUGCAUAUCUGGCUAAACUGAAAUAACGGCCAACUGAUUAUAAUGCUGCUUUUUUCCAAUAUCUCCAAGACAUAUAUGUAGGCUGCUUUCAGAAAAUUGGUGCAAGAACUUUUGCAACUUUUUUUUAACUUAAUGGCUUGGAGUUCUCUAGACAACAAAACGGUGCUGAGCACAUUUACUGCCAUUUUAUCCUUUGGCCAUUGUUACUGCCAUUUUGAAGCACUUAAAAUGAGUCACUGCCAGAGAGUCUACAAUUUUCCUUGCAGCUGCUAAAAUAUUCACUUGAUUCUAUUUUAAGUGCUGUGACUAAGCAAGUACAGGCUGAAAUCUGUGCCUCCUGCUUGAUAGUGAUAGCUGGAUUUUUUUCAGGAAUGUUUUAGAGACCUAUUUGACUUGCAUAUAACUUGAAAAUGAUAAUGAUUCUGGGUAUUUUAUUUCUUUCCCAUGCAGGAAACCACACUAUCACUGUUCUGCAACUGUAACAAUGCAUUUGAGUUCAAGUCAAAAAACUAUAUUGCUGAUUCCUGUGGGAAUGAUAUAAUGGCUUGUAUACAUUGCACAGGCAAUGGUGCAAUGUGCAGAUAUUGCAUCUGUGUUUCUUUCAGUCAGUCUGCUGUGUGUCUUGUUUGUUUUGUCUGUUUCUUUCCAUUGUUUGCAAAAAUAAUUAAAAAGAUGCACAGAAAUACACUGUGAUUUUUAAGGGGUACUUUUUCUUUUAUUGCAAUUUACCAGUGUACAAUUUUUUUUCAUAAGUAACUGUAAAGCUAAUAGCCAUCAAUUGGUUAUUAGGACUGAUAUAGCCCACUUUUCUUGCCUUCCUGUAGGUAUUGGGUAGUGUCUGCCUAUCUUCAGGAAGACUGAGACUGAAACCAUUGCCCACUGGUUAGUAAAGUAGCAACAGCUUUGUAUUUUGUUUGAAAUAAUUAACAUACUAAAAAGAAUAGCCUGCAGUGGUAUAAAAUAAAAGAUGCUACAGUGUGUAAAACUUGA